AGACAUUAUUUGAUUCUACAGCGUCCUCUCCGCUGUUCUUUACUGCGUCUACUGCCCCCACCUGUGCUUUGUCGAAUAGCAGCACUAUUUGCACCAAUUCUCCUGCGCACGCAAUCAAUCAAGGACCAUUGCUUUUCGCAAACCAUGUUCAAAGAUUCAAGCUUUCUUCCUUGGUAAUCUCACAAUGUUCCCAGAAUCAAAUACCAUGUAACCCAGAGAUUUGGGUUGCCAGGAGAUUUGCUGAAAAUGAGUGUUUCCCUAACGCUAAUGACCUUCAAUCUUCUUGAAGAUCAGCCUGAAGAUAGCCCCAAUUCAUGGGAUAAGAGGAAAGAUUUGUGUGUCAGUGUCAUCACUAGCUAUUCUCCUAUGAUUCUUUGUACCCAGCAAGGUGUGAAGUCACAGUUGGACUAUCUUCAACAAUGCUUGACAGGUUACGAUCAAUUUGGAAUUUCAAGAAAAGGAGCUGAGGACCCUUCAGAUCAGCACUGCACCAUUUUUUAUGACAAGGAAAAGGUGGAGCUUUUGGAAGGUGGAACAUUUUGGUUGUCAGAGUCACCGUCAGUGCCCGGAAGCAUGUCUUGGGGGUCCACAGUACCAUGCAUUGCGACUUGGGCGACAUUCCAGCUAAAAGGAGUUGAACCGCCAGGUUUUUCAUUUCAGAUUGUAAAUACAAACAUGGAUGAGUUCAGUGCACGUGCUAGAAGGCGAGGUGCUUUGCUCACAUGGCAACACAUUGCAUCCUUACCUCCUAGCUUGUCUGUUGUAUAUUGUGGAGGAUUUAACACGCAGAAAGAAUCAACUACAGGCCGUUUUCUUCUUGGGAGAUCAAGAGAGCAUGGGGUUGUCGGUGACAUGAGGGAUGCUUGGCCCAAUUCUCGUGUAAGGAAAAACAUGUCCCUCAUCCGCACUUAUCAUGGAUUCAAAGGUGACAAACAGGGGCCUCUCGAAUUUUUCAAGCUGAUUCUAAGAGCGCUCUGCCUUUGCUGGGAUCGGCAAACUCAAGAUCUUCACGUAGACUGGAUACUGUUCAGAGGUAGAUCUCUUAUACCCGCCUCAUGUGAAGUGGUGAACGACAACAUAGAUGGUUUUUACCCGUCAUCUCACUACCCAAUAUUUACCGAGUUUGUGCUUCCCCGUUCAGUGAGAUUGAUCGAAACACCUGCCCAAGAAGACGGGAACUAAGGCUAAAACAUUCUUCCUCCUUCCCUCUUCGUCUUUCUUAAACCACUGAUGUGCAUUUCGUGUUGUUUAUCCAUUCCAGCAUUCUCUUCGAUUCUACGGGGAUGCCUUGUUUUUACAUUUUUUUGUUUGCUCAUGUCAAUAGUGUGAAAUGAUAUUAUUUUUGGUUCCAAGGCUGCCAUUUUCUUUAUAGUUAUUCACCUUUUGGAACAUUAUGCCAACCUGAGCUAUCAUUCUAUCAAGUUGAGCCUCAGAAUUUUUAUUUUUAUUUUUUAAAAUUAAAUUCUUCUUUUAAUAUAUGCUGGCAAGUUGCAAUA